GCUCUCGACAACUCGACACAACUCGCCUCGAGAUGGCUCAGCUCAGCUCUGGAAUCAAGAACUGGCACUGGCGCACCAAGGGCGUCGAGGGCUGGGCCAAGGAGUGGUUCGCCUCGAACCUGACUGGUGUCGAGGCCGACGGCGUCGCUGUCGAGGAGGUCACGGACGUCGAGGGCGACUGCGAGCUCGGCAUGCGGAAAAGCAAGCUCGUGACGGUCUACGACCAGCGAGUCUCGAUGCGCUGGACUGCGACGGGCAAGGACGGCGAGGCCGUCACCGGUACCCUGAUCGCGCUCGAGGUCAUGCACGACAUGGACGAGGACGAGUACCAGUUCGAGGCGGCUUUGACGGCGGGCUCGGGCGCCGAAGCCGACGCGUUCCUCCGCACGGCCAAGAAGGCGCUCGCCAACAAGCUCCGCGCCAAGUUCCAGCAGUUCCCCAAGGACAUGGUCUCGACGCACGGCUCCGACCUGCUCCAGGACGUCGACACGCCGUCGGCAUCCGGCUCGUCGACCCCGGCUCGUCCUUCUGCCCCGUCUGCCUCGACCUCGGCACCCUCGUCCUCGAUCCCGGCCGCCAAGGCCUCGACCGCCCCGGCCAAGCUCAACACGGCGACCGUGCGCGCGUCGGGCGAGUUCCAGUGCGACGCAGAAACCCUGUUCGGCUUCCUCACCGACGCGACCAAGAUCCCGGCGUGGACGCGCAACCCGGCCCAGAUGGCGCCCGAGGUCGGCGCCGACGUGUCGCUGUUCGGCGGCAACAUCCGCGGCAAGGUCGACAAGGUCGAGCGGCCCAAGGGCUUCACGAUGAGCUGGCGCGCGCCGACUUGGCCCGAGGGCCACUUUGGCUCGCUCGAGACGGCGCUCGACCAGGGCACCAACUCGACGACGCUCAGCCUCAAGCUGUCGGGCGUCCCUAUCGGCAAGGAGGACGAGGCCGAGAACAACCUGCACGGCUUCUACAUCCGGGGCCUUCAGUCGAUCGGGUUAGGCCUGCUUUCCUCCUCUUCCACCUCCCAGGCGCCGUCCUCCUCGCGCACCUCGACAAAGCGCACCAAGCGCGCCGCCAAGCCGCCGUCGUCGGUCCUGAACCCGUGGACGCUCGUCAACGUGGGCUCGUUCGCCGCCUCGGUCGGGCUCCUCGCGGCGUUCGGCGCGGCGCUCUACUACGGGCCGAACGGCGUCGGCGCGGCCAAGAAGUAGUCGAGCGCGGGCGGCGAGGAGGGGAGCGAGGGAUCAAGGCUCGGCGCUAUGCUCUAGAGGCGGUCGGCGUGCGACGGUACGGCGCGUCAGAGCUGGACGAGCGAGGGGCGAGGAGGUCAAGGUCGCGAGCAAUGUUAUUCACCCGCAGUUCUUUUUCUUU